AUGUCUGGCUUCUUCAACGCAAUUGGCCUUGUCAGCGGUGCUUUGACAAUCGUAUCCUUUACCGAAUCCCAACUACCCGACAAUAAGCCCCAGGGCCCAAGCAUCAGGAUCAAAGGUAGGAUACAGUUCAAAGGUGGGUCGAUCGCCGCAGUGUACGCGUGGGGCGAAGGCAAUCGCUUCAGCGGGCAGGCAGGCGGUUGUGGGAUUGAUCCUGGCAGCUUCUGCGAUGUGACCGUAGACCAAGGCUCGGGUCGGCGAGCGGAGUACAUUGGCGUGUCCAACAACGAUGAUGCCACUUGCAUCGCCUGGAUCAGCGUCAACCAAGCUGACGAUACGGAUGGAGGGGCUUGGACUGGCGACAUUGGCCGCCACUGUGGCGAGAGGUGGUAUAACAGCAGGGAGUCUGCAGGCAAUCUCAAAGACAGCUCAAAGCCAUACGUCCCCGCGUGUACUUGGCUCGACAAAGACGAAACAAACGAUAUCGUGAACGCAGCACUCAAGUUCACUACCAAUGCUUAUGCUAGCAGUGUCCAGGAGGUCGCUGACGAGGAGAAGACAUGCGAUUCGACCAUCUAUAGAGGAGACAGUGGACCAAUUGCAGCGCAACCCGCCAAACGAAGCAUCCCUGAACACCCUACAUGGAUGCACGAGUACCUCAUCGUCUCCAACUGGACCAGCCAAACAGCCGCGGACCUCUGCAACUCUGCCACAUCGUGGGGCCCCGACUUCAUUGGAUCCGACGAUCAGUUCUGCGACAUGAGCACAAAGACUCUUACUCCGCUUUGUUCACCCGAGACCGUCGGUAGCUCGGGCUGCGUUGAUGUUGACGAGGACGCUGUCAGUGUGGUGAAGCGCACCAGCGUUGCAAGGCGGGCCGCGACGGUUUUGCACAAGUCUUACAAGAAGAUUGAGAAGUGGGGAGUCUAA